AUGUCCAUUUCAAAGAGAAAUGUUGAUGUUGAAGCAGCUCUUGAGCCCUAUUAUCAGAAUGAUUCCUCUAAACCUCAUGAAAUAUCAAGAAGGGACAUAAAUAAAAUCAGUUGUGAACUUUCAUCAGACAGUGAAGAGAAAGAGAAAGGCAGGAACGAGAAAGAGAAAAGAAAGAAUCGAAUAGGAUUAGCGAGAAAAAAAAUUAAGUUUAGAUUACCGAGGUCUGCGAAAUGGUCGCACGCGGAAACCGCACAAAGAGAGCGACGUCAAGAACUGAGAAAAGAAAUUAGAAAAAUUUUGAUAGUCGGAUGCAUAGCUGAGAGUUAUAAAAAAAUCGAGAAUAGAUUAAACCAAAUUUUUGUUGUAGCUCAAAAACUUACAAAUAAAGAAGUAGAAGUGUAUAAAAUAUUAAAAGAAGUCUUUUUUGAUGAGAGAAUUACCGACUAUAUUACUAUUGAGAGUAACAGGAAGAUUAUUGGAAUUGUUAAAUCGUGUGAUAAAAGGAUCAUUCAUGUAAAUAAUCCAUUCAUAAACACUGGUGAUGGGAACAAAUUUGUUGAAUUGAGUACAAAAGAGGAAUCAAAAAAAGCAGAGAGAGAUAACGAUUUGGAAGCAAUUCAAUCGAUGAAAGAUGAAAUAGCUGAUAUAGAGAAUCAAAUAGAAUUUAGAGAAACAACUUCUUGA